AUGUCUUGUUUUCACUAUAAUAAGGAUGAUGAUAGAAGAAAGUAUGACAAUCUGAAGGAAGAAGUAAAGCAAAUACUAAUUCUCGUGGUUGACAAGCCUUUGCGAGAGAAACUUGUUUUGAUUGAUACCAUUCAACAAUUGGGUGUAGCUUACCAUUUUGAGAGGGAGAUCAAUGAAAUCUUGAAACAGAUCUAUGAGACUCAACUUGAUCUUGAUAUUAUUAACGAUAGCGAUGACCUUUAUAACAUUUCUCUCCUAUUUCAAUUGCUCAAACAACAAGGUUACAAAGUUUUAUCAGGUAUGUUCUCAAUAUUCAAUAAGUUCAAGAAUAAAGAUGGAAACUUCAAAGAAUCUUUAUGUAGCAAUGUCAUAGAUAUAUUAGAACUUUAUGAAGCUUCAUAUUUGCAAGUACAUGGAGAAGCUAUACUAGAGGAAGCGUAUACUUCACAUAAUAAAACACUCCUAAACUUUGCUAAAUCGGAUUUCAACUACUUGCAAUCUCUAUACAAGAAAGAGCUCAAUGAGAUCUCCAA